GGCUAUGGCCGGGUUAUGGAUUUGCUAGUUUGCAAUCGAUUUUGGAAUACUUGUAUGUUUUAGUUUCGGUGGAAUGGAGUGUGAUGAAGAUGACAAUUUGAGACCACAUUAUGAUUUAUUUGACUGCAUUUUGCUUUCUGAAUUGACAUUUUCGGGAGGAACUAUGUUUUCUGGAUUGAAGUUCAUACCACGGGAUCAUAUUGAUGAAGAAAAAGAUGGGAAGUCCUACAGCUCAAGAAAAGAGAAAAGAAAAUCAGGAAGUUCCAAGGAAAAGCUUGGAAAAAAAAGUAAACAUUCCCGGUAUAGUAGCUCUGAUGAUGAAGGCACUGAAAGAAUAAAGAGUGGAUCUAGAAAGAAAAAGAAGUGGUAUGAUUCAAAUGAGGAUUUGUCUUCAUUUUCUGAUGAAAGUGAUAGCCAAAGUGAAGGACAUGAUCCUAAGAGGCAUAAGAAUCGAAAAGGAGAAAAGAAGCAUGAGCACAGAAGUAAGUUAAAGAAGAAGGCUAAGAGUCGGAGAAGAGACUAUUCAUCAGAAUAUAAAUCAAGUGGUGAUUCUGAAAGUGAAAGGUCAGGUGAAGAAAGGGGACAUCAUAGAGGGGAAAUGGAAAAUAAACUGACCACUGGUAGUAAAGGAUCUCAAUCACAAAGUUCAGACCUUUUACGAGAAGAAACCGGAUUGGGAUGGAUGCUUCGGCCAAAGAAUAGUUCUGAUGAGAUCUCUAAUAAGUCCUCUCUUGUUGAGCCAGAAGAAGCUUCAGUUGAAGAGAUAAAGAAGGAUAAUCCUAGAGAAUUGAAUCCAUACCUGAAAGAUAAUGGGAGUGGUUAUCCUGAAGAAUCUGAUAGUAAGGCUGGGCAAUCUACUACAGUUGUUGGUGAUGGAGGUGCUAGCUGGAGGCUUAAAGCUUUGAAAAGAUCAAAAGAGCAAGCAGCCCGUGAAGGACGGAACCUUCAGCAGGUUGUUGAAGAACGUUGGGGUUCUAUGGGUCAAUUUGCAGCUUCUGUGGGUUCUCGUGAUGUUGCAUCAACUCAUGCCCAUCUUCAAGCCAUAAAUCACAGGAGAAAAGGGUUGAUGAAAGAAGAAAAAAAGAAUCUAGAUGUAGAAAGCAAUAGUGCUGAAAAGAUUGACAGAAAGGACAUAACCCCUCGGCAUUCUAAAAUGAAAAUGCCCAAAGUUCAUGAUUCUUUAUCUUGGGGAAAGCGUGAAAGGAACAAAAUGUCAGCUGAAGAUAGUGCUCUUGUCUCUGCUGCUAUGUCUAAUUUAAAUAAGUUUUCUAAUGAUGGAAAUUUUAUGGCCGCAUUUAUGAAUAAGGAGGAGAAAAGUGUAGAUCAGAGCAGUUCUUCAAAGUCUGAAGCAAGAGCAGACUCUUCUGCUUCAGUUGAUUUUGCAUUUAGAGAAAAUAAAGAGGAUGUUGGAACAUUGGGGCCUCCCAUGAGUGCAAAUCAGUUGGCUGCCAAAGCCUUGCAACUUCGUUUGAAGGGAAGGCACGAAGAAGCGGAAAAACUGAUGAAGGAAGCUGAGAAUAUCAAAGGAAAACAGGAUGCUGGUAAUGAAUCAAGUAGACCACAAAUUGAUGGAACCACAAGCAGGUAUAUUAUGCAUGAUGUAUCAGCUAGGCAAAAGAGGAAAGAGGAUGAUGGUGAUUUGCAUCUAGCUCAGAGAAUCGCGCAGAAUCAACGUUUCAGCAUAUCUAAUCAAGCUGAUGAAGAAUAUGACUAUGACGAUGGUCCUCGGAAAAAGACUCGGAAGAAAGGAGGGGAUAGCAGUCGCAAGUCAUCUGAGAUCACUAAUUCGGCAAACCGCAUUUUAACUCAGCAGGAGCGCUGCCAAUUUUGUUUUGAAAAUCCAUCAAGGCCCAAACAUCUAGUGAUUUCCAUUGCAAACUUUACCUAUUUGGCGGUGCCUCAUCAGCAACCAGUCGUCCCAGGUCAUUGUUGCAUUUUGACGUUGCAGCACGAGAUUUCCACGAGAACUGUUGAUAAUAAUGUGUGGGAUGAAAUACGGAAUUUCAAAAAAUGCUUGAUAAUGAUGUUUGCAAAGCAGGAGAAAGAUGUAGUUUUCUUUGAGACUGUAGUGGGGUUGGCACGACAAAGACGGCAUUGUUUGGUUGAAUGCAUACCUGUGCCCCGGGAUAUUGCUAAGCAGGCACCUCUUUACUUCAAGAAGGCAAUCGACGAAGCUGAAGAUGAAUGGAGUCAACACAAUGCUAAGAAGCUCAUUGACACAAGCGAAAAGGGACUGCGUGGUUCAAUCCCCAAAAACUUCCCAUAUUUUCAUGUUGAAUUUGGACUGAGCAAGGGAUUUGUCCACGUAAUAGACGAUGAAAAGGAUUUUCCAGGCAACUUUGGCCUCAAUGUAGUCCGGGGCAUGCUGCAACUGCCAGCUGAAGAUAUGCAUGGACGUAGGAGGAAGGAGUCUGUCGAGACACAAAAGCAAGCAGUUGCCAGUUUUGUGAAGGACUGGCAACCCUUCGAUUGGACAAAGCAGCUGGACUAAUCUGGUGAUUGAUUUUGCUGAUGUCUCUCAGUCAGGUUUCGUGCUACUUGAGGCAUGCUAUCGAUGAUCAAUCCGGUCGUUAUCUUUCCAUCUUGUGUUGUUAUAUAUGGUGAUGAUCCUCACUUCUAUCAAACAUGUUAGUUGGAGAAAUAGGAUGGGAGAUAAAACUCCGUUCGAAUGAAUGCUGUGAGUCUGGCUGGUGCUUCAGAGAGUUGGGGUCAAGUUUGAUGUAAAUUGUCGCUGAACAAUGUUGAAUUAUAGCCAUGAUACUUGAUUUUAAGGUUAA